AAGCUCUUCUUUGUGUGCUUUUUCCAGGUGGCCUCUGAGGCUGGGCAUUGUAUAAUACAACGUGAACAUGAGAAAUGUAUGGAGAUGAUGGCAACACAUGACCCAGAUGGCACUGAAUUUGCAUGUCCGUGGAUGUGGGAUAACCUGACCUGUUGGCAGGCGGCGAAUGUGGGUGACGUUGUGGUGGUCAACUGCCCAGAGUUUCUCAAUGACCUCAUAGCUCCAGAUGAUGAAAUGGGGAAGGUCAGUCGAAACUGUACAGAGUAUGGCUGGUCAGAACCGUUUCCCCACUACAUGGACAUCUGCUUCCUCUACGACAACACUACCAAAUCUGUAACAUACUACAAAUCAGUCAAAGCCCUGUACACAGUGGGAUACAGCACAUCACUGGUGUCUCUGACCACUGCCAUGGUCAUUCUCUGCAGAUUCAGGAAGCUCCACUGCACCAGGAACUUCAUUCACAUGAAUUUGUUUGUGUCCUUCAUCCUGAGAGCGAUCUCAGUCUUCAUCAAAGAUGGUGUGCUGUAUGCUCAGGAAGACAGCGACCACUGCUUUGUACAUACAGUGGCAUGUAAAGCAGUGAUGAUUUUCUUCCAUUACUGUGUCAUGUCCAACUAUUUCUGGCUGUUCAUUGAGGGUCUGUAUCUCUUCACUCUGCUUGUGGAGACCUUCUUUCCAGAAAGACUCUACUUUUUCUGGUACACCAUUGUGGGGUGGGGAACUCCCACCGUCUGCGUGACCGUGUGGGCAGUUCUCAGGCUGCAUUUUCAUGACACGGGAUGCUGGGAUACAAAUGAGAACACUGCCCUCUGGUGGGUAGUCAAAGGACCAGUUGUGGCUUCAAUAAUGAUCAAUUUUGUCCUCUUCAUUGGCAUAAUCAUCAUUUUGGUGCAGAAGCUACAGUCCCCUGACAUUGGAGGAAAUGAAUCAAGCAUCUAUCUCAGCUGUGCUCAGAAAUGCUUCAGUGAGCCCACACAGGCUGUUCAGCAUUCGUGCAGGAUGUCAGAGUUUUCCACCAUCACACUGCGUCUGGCACGCUCCACCCUCCUGCUCAUUCCCCUGUUUGGUAUUCACUACACUGUGUUCACCUUCUCUCCUGAGGAUGUCAGCAAGAGGGAGAGACUGGUCUUUGAACUGGGUCUCGGAUCUUUCCAGGGCUUUGUGGUAGCUGUCCUCUACUGUUUCCUCAAUGGAGAGGUGCAGUCAGAGAUCAAGAGGAAGUGGCGCAGCUGGACGGUGAACCGGUACUUUGCUGUGGACCUGAAGCAGCAGAGGCACCCCUCGUUGGCCAGCAGCGGUGUGAACGGCGGGACUCAGCUGUCCAUCCUCAGCAAGAGCAGCUCUCAAAUACGCAUGUCCAGCCCACUGGCGGAGAACACCAACAUCAGCCUCCCGACCUGA